AUAAAAGGAAGAAGAAUAAAAAUUGGAUCUUUCCCCUAAAAAUUGAAAAUUCUAAAAACCAAAAAAUAAAGUUUCGAUUUUUCGUAAGGAAGACCCAAUCGCCGAUAAAGCUUCCAAACGACGGUGACGGGUUUGAAGAAGGAAGAAGAAAGACGACGACUAUGCGAUUUUGAUCAUACAAAAAAUGACGUAGUGCUUUGGGCCCUUUUGUGUUUAAAUCUGUCUUCUUGCUGCUCCUCACGUUUUGUUUUGGGCUUUUUACCAUUUUUACUCUCUUCUCUUCUCUCUCUCUCGUGGAGACACUUCAAUGGCCAAAAAGCAACCUUUGGCGGGCGGGUAAAAAUUGACUCUUUUGACCUUUCGUUGUCAUAGGAGAGAAAAGAGAAAAAAAAAAUGGAGGUUUCUGAUGAAGAAGACGACGACUGGUUUGGUUCUCGUUUCAACGACAAUGUAAGUGAAGAAGAAGAAGACGAAGAGGGUUUUGUGUUUUAUGACGAUGGUGUUAAAGAAGAAGAGGGUUUUGCGUCUGAUUUCUACAAGGCUGGUUCUGAUUGGUCUUGUUUGGUGGAAGAAGAUGAAGAGGCCGUGUCUUCUGAGAAGAAGAAGAAGAUGAAACAAUCGAACUUGUUUCAGAUUUGGGGUUUACAAGAGAAUUCUCCUGAUACAACGAAGAAGAUGAAACAAACUGACUUGUUUCAGAUUUGGGGUUUACAAAAGCCUUCUCCUUUCACUUCCCCUGCUUCUACUUCGGCGAAAAAUACGGCCACUGGUCUUGGAAAGAGGCGUAGAGAUUCUUUGUUUAGCAAUGACUCGCCUCGACCAUGUCCUUUUUACAAGAAACUACCAGGAACACCGUUCACUGUGGAUGCGUUUCGCUAUGGUUGUGUUCAAGGAUGCUCUGCUUAUUUCCUUACUCAUUUUCACGCUGAUCAUUACAUUGGUCUCACUAAAGAUUGGUCUCAUGGUCCUAUUUACUGCUCCUCUCUCACUAGUCGUCUUCUUAGACUUAGUCUCUCUGUUAAUCCCUCGUUUAUUCAUCCGUUGGAGCUUGACAUUGAAUACACUAUUAAUGGAAUCAAAGUCACUUUAAUUGAAGCUAAUCAUUGCCCUGGUGCUGCUCUUAUUCACUUUCGUCUCUUAGAUGGAACAUGUUACCUGCACACCGGAGAUUUCAGGGCUUCGAAACAGAUGCAAACUCAUCCUCUCCUCUUUAACCAACGAGUUCAUGUUCUGUAUUUGGAUACAACAUAUUGCAAUCCUAGAUACAAGUUCCCCUCCAAAGAAGAUGUCUUAGGUUAUGUUGUGAGAAUCACAAAGGAUUUCCUCAGGAAGCAACCAAAGACUCUGAUUGUGGUUGGUUCUUAUAGCAUUGGAAAAGAAUGUGUUUAUCUUGCUAUUGCCAAAGCUCUUGGGGUUAAGAUAUUUGCAAAUGCUUCAAGAAGACGGAUCCUGCAAUCAUUUGGUUGGGAUGAUAUCUUGAAGAAUCUUUGUACAGAUGGGAAAACCACAUGUCUUCAUGUUUUGCCUAUGUCAUCAUUGAAAGUUGAAAGACUCGAUGAACACUUGAAGAUUUAUAGAGAACAGUAUGGAGCAGUUUUGGCAUUUAGGCCCACAGGUUGGACUUACUCCGAGAAAAUAGGCGAACACCUUGAUCUAAUAAAACCAACUUCAAGGGGAAAAAUCACCAUUUACGGGGUUCCAUAUAGUGAGCAUUCAAGCUUCACAGAACUUCGUGAGUUUGUUCAAUUUUUAAGGCCAGAUAAGAUCAUUCCGACCGUGAACAAUGCAGACGCUGCAAAUCGUGAGAAAAUGCAAUCAUGUUUCAGAGACUGGCUCAGACGCUGAGACUCCAGGAUGAUUGAUCAUUGAAGGCUUUGAAGCUUUCAAGGGAUGCUUAAUGAUUCAGUAAGAUCUUGGAUACUUUAAGUCUGUAACUAGUGAAUACAGUAGAAUUACUUGGGAGGGAUUCUUGAUAUUAUUUGAUCCAAAAGUUUAAUUCUCUUGUAUCAGUCUAGUAUAUCAUCAUGUGGUUAGUUCUUUUAAUUAUGAUGGUUGGGGAAGAAAAGAGUUCAAAGAAACAAUAGUGUCUAUAUGCUAUAUUUACUUCUCUUUACCUAGAAGAAGGCUUAGCAUCAACAUCAACAUCAACAUCAAGCUGAAUCGUUCAGUUCGCAAGACAAGCAAUGAGUAGAGAUAAUGCAAAUACAAUAAGACAAAAUCAGAUUAAAGAAGAGGAAGAUUCAGUAUCUGGAGAUGGAGGACUGCCAUUAACCUCAUUGCAAACACUGGGUCGCUGACUACUUCCUGUAUUAGUCAUAUUUAAAGUAACUAGACCAAUCUUGUAAAAUGUUCUAAGCCAAGGCCUUUUAUGUGGUGAAAGGGUUCCUAA